AUGGAGGGACAAAUCGAGAAAUCGACAGAGCAGACCGCGCAGCAGCCGGAGCAGAAGCCCCAGCAGCAGCCGAAGGCCAAGAAGCAGCCCGCCCCGAAGAAGCAGCCUGCCCCGAAGAAGGCCGCGCCCGCUGCUGGCGAGAAGAAAGCCAAGAAGGAUGAAAUCCGUCUGAAGAAGGAAUUCCACAACACUACCCCGAAGGGUGAGAAGAAGGAUAUGUCACAGCCCAUGCUGAAUGAGUACGAUCCGCCGGCCGUCGAGGCCGCGUGGUACGACUGGUGGGCCGCACAGGGCUUCUUCCGCGCUGAUGAGAACGAUCAGACCAAGGAGAAGUUCGUCAUCGUCAUCCCGCCGCCGAACGUCACCGGCAGCUUGCACAUGGGCCAUGCCCUUACCAACUCCAUUCAGGACUCUCUGUGCAGAUGGCACCGCAUGAGCGGUAAGAACGUCCUGUGGGUUCCGGGCACAGAUCAUGCCGGUAUUGCCACGCAGGUCGUUGUCGAGAAGAAGCUGAAGAAGGAGCGCGAUCUUUCGCGUCACGAUCUCGGCCGCGAGAAGUUCAUCGAGGAGGUUUGGCGGUGGAAGAACGAUUAUGGUGCUCAGAUCUGCAAUCAGCUUCGGCGAUUGGGAUCUUCCCUCGAUUGGUCCCGCGAGGUUUUCACCAUGGAUGAGAAACUGUCCGUUGCGGUCGUCGAAGCGUUCGUUCGCAUGUACGAAAACGGUCUCAUCUACCGUGGCACUCGCCUGGUCAACUGGUGUACCGAGCUCAAGACCGCCAUUUCCGACGUCGAGGUCGAGCACAAGGACCUCAAGGGCCGCCACAAGAUGAAGGUCCCCGGCUACGGCAAACAGGAGGUCGAGUUCGGUGUCCUCACUUCGUUCGCGUACCCCAUCGAGAACUCGGAGGAGCAGAUCGUCGUCUCCACCACCCGUAUCGAGACCAUGCUCGGAGAUACCGCCAUCGCCGUUCACCCGGAUGACGAGCGCUACAAGCAUCUCCACGGCAAGUUUGCGGUCCACCCUUUCAACGGCCGACGGAUUCCCAUCAUCACCGACUCGAUCCUCGUCGACAAGGAGGUCGGAACUGGUGCUGUUAAGAUCACACCCGCUCACGAUCCCAAGGAUUACGAGUGCGGUAAGAGGCACAGCCUGGAGAUGAUCAACAUCUUCACCGAUGACGGCCUCAUCAACGAGGAGGGCGGUGCUCCCUUCACGGGCAUGAAGCGCUUCGACGCUCGCGUUGCCGUCACGCAGGCGCUAGAGGAGAAGGGUCUGAUCAGGGAGAGCCAGGACAACCCCAUGAUCAUCCCCAUCUGCUCGCGUACCAAGGACGUCAUCGAGCCUCGCCUCAAGCCCCAGUGGUGGGUCCGAUGCAAGGGCAUGGCCGACGAGGCCGUCAAGGCGGUUAGGGAGAAGCGCCUGGAGAUCGUUCCCUCGAUGCACGAGGCUGUCUGGUACAGAUGGCUGGAGAACAUCCAGGAUUGGUGCAUUUCUCGCCAGCUCUGGUGGGGCCACCGCAUCCCUGCCUACCUCGUCCACAUCGACGGACAGCCCACCCCUGAUGCCAAGGCCAAGCACGCCGACGUCGCGCCGGAGAAGAUCAAGCUCGAGCAGGACCCCGACGUCCUCGACACGUGGUUCUCUGCGGGCCUGUUCCCGUUCUCAGUCAUGGGCUGGCCCAACGAAACUGCCGACCUCAAGGCCUUCUACCCCACUUCUCUCCUCGAGACGGGCCACGACAUCCUGUUCUUCUGGGUCGCCCGCAUGGUCAUGAUGGGCCUCAACCUCACCGGCCAGCUGCCCUUCUCGCAGGUCCUUCUGCACGCGAUGGUCCGCGAUGCUCACGGCAGGAAGAUGUCCAAGUCGCUGGGCAACGUCGUUGAUCCGAUCGACGUCACGGAAGGCAUCCGCCUGACGGAUAUGCACCAAAAGCUCCGCGAGGGUAACCUCGAGGCCUCCGAAGUCGAGAAGGCCAUCAAGGGCCAGCAGAAGGACUUCCCGAACGGCAUCAGCGAGUGCGGCACCGACGCCAUGCGCUUCGCCCUCUGCGCCUACACCUCGCAGGGGCGCGACAUCAACCUCGACAUCAACCGCGUCGUCAGCUAUCGUCACUUCUGCAACAAGCUCUGGAACGCCACCAAGUUCGCGCUCAUGAACCUCGGCGCCGACUACGCGCCCCUCGCCUCGCCUGACGUCACCGGCCAGGAGAGCAUCAUGGAGAAGUGGAUCCUCAGCCGCCUGCACUCAGCCGUCAAGGACGCCGACCAGGGAUGGAAGUCGUUCGAGCUUGCCCAGUGCACCACCGCCAUCUACAACUUCUGGCUCUACGAGCUGUGCGACGUCUACCUGGAGGCCAUCAAGCCCGCCAUGCGCAACAAGGGCAGCCCCGAGCAGAAGUCGGCUCAGCACACGCUCUACACGUGCCUCGACUAUGGCCUCAAGCUGCUCCAUCCGUUCAUGCCCUUCGUCACUGAGGAGCUCUACCAGCGCAUCCCCAGGCGCCCCGGCGACAACAUCUGCAGCAUCAUGGUCUCCCCCUACCCCAAGCCGGCGUACACCCAGGCGUGGGCCAACGAGAAGCUGGAGGCCGACGUCAAGCUGGCACAGGACAUCAUCCGUGCCUCGCGCGCCCUGCGUGCCGACAACGGCCUUCCGCCGAGCUCGAAGCCUACCUUCUUCCUCGAGUUCCACUCGGACGAGCUGAGGAACACCUUCCGAGGCUUCGCGCCCAUCAUCCUCACCCUCUCUGGUGCUUCGGAGGUCAACGUCCUCGAGGGCGACGCCAAGCCGCCCAGCGGCUGCGCUGUAAAUAUUCUCAACGAGAACGUUGAAAUCCACAUCUUCCUCAAGGGCUUGAUCGACCCCGACGUCGAAGUCAAGAAGCUGGAGAAGAAGCUCGGCGAGUCGACCACGCAGCUCGAGACUCUCGAGAAGAAGAUGAAGGCGCCCAUGUACGAGGACAAGGUCCCCGCCGCCGUCAAGCAGUCCAACACCGAGCGCGUCGGCAAGCUGAACCAGGAGAUCGAAGCCAUCAAGCAGGCCAUCGAGAAGUUCAAGGCCAUGAAGGCCAACUAG